AUGGGUCCAUCAUCUGGUGAAAAAGAUAAGGCCAAGGAGGUGCAUGCAGUCUUUCUCACCUUCUCUCCUAACCUUGUCCAUGAGAACUUGAAGCCUGAGUUGUCUGAAUCCAAACUCAGUUUUCUUCUUGGAACAUACCAAGCUGUCGUAGAGAGAUUGCGGCCUCGGAUUGAGGGAGAAGAGAAUGAAGAGUUUGAUCAAUUUGAGGAGCUAGAAGAGUAUAAGAUUGUGUUUGAGAUGUCAAAUUUUGAUAAUGGAGGAACCCCAGUUGAAGUUUCUGAGUUAGAAGCUAAAGAAAACAGAUUAUCAAGCAAUGAAGCACAGAUUACCAAUGACACAACAAAUCAAGAUUCUGAUCUAGGUGUUUCUGAAGUGGUAAGUGAUAAUUUAAGUGAAAAUUCAGUUGGGAUUAUUACAAUGUCAGAAACUUCUCUUCAGUUGUUGUCAGAAGAAAACAAAUUACAAGUGUUAUUGCACCAAAAGCAGAAGAAGCUUGAAGAAUUUGAGAUCCAAAAGGGAGAAAAAGAAGUCAAGCCACUGAGCAGCAACUCCAAUAAAGUUGAAGAACAGAGAGAAUCAAAGGCAAUGAGUUUAACUACAGAUGAAAAAGCAAGAGCAGAAGAUAAUGGGCUGUGCAUUUCAAGGGUGAAUUCUCAAAAACUUGGAUCAAAUCCUUGGACUAGUUCCGAGUCAAUGGGUUCAAAUCUUGGAAGUUUUGGAUCAAUGAGGAAAGAAAAAGAGUGGAGGAGGACAUUGGCAUGCAAGCUAUUUGAAGAAAGGCAUAAUGUGGAAGGAGGUGAAGGGAUGGAUUUGCUUUGGGAGACAUAUGAGACUGAUUCUAUAAAAAUGCAGGCAAAAGGCAACACAAAGAAGGGAAAGAAAGGAAAUGUUGAGUAUUAUGAUGAUGAUGAAGAAGAAGAAGAAAGUAAUGGGCAACUUUGUUGCUUGCAGGCUCUCAAAUUCUCAGCUGGGAAGAUGAAUUUGGGAAUGGGAAGGCCUAGUCUUGUCAAGAUCUCUAAGGCCCUGAAGGGAAUUGGAUGGUUGCACCAUGUCUCCAAGAAGAAGGUUUACUAUUAA